AUGUCGCUUUUGUCCAAAGUUACCCGUUGCAUGAAAAAAAUUGCACCUUUAGAUCUCGCUGAGAGCUCGUGGGAUAAUGUCGGUGUCUUGGUUGAGCCUCCUUUUCCAUCACCAAAGCAGAACAAGGUCUUGUUGACGAUUGACCUCACACCUCAAGUGCUCGAUGAAGCACUGUCAGAUGCCAAUAUUGGCACGAUUGUGUCCUAUCAUCCUCCCAUUUUCAGCUCCAUGAAACGCUUGACUUCUGCAGAUGUCAAACAGGAUAUAGUGUUGAAGGCCAUUGCACGUGGCGUGGGUAUUUAUUCACCUCAUACAGCUUGUGAUAACUGUGCUAAUGGAGUGAACGACUGGUUGGCGAGUGGAUUAGGCAAGGGCACUUGUAAGCCCAUUACUCCUGCUGAGAACCCUCCUGCUGGCCAAGAAGAAGCUGGAUCCGGCCGUCUAUUUACAUUUGAAGAACCCACAAAUUUGACAACAGUGGUUGAACGAGUUAAAAAGUUGAUUGGAUUGCCUUACUUACGUCUUGCUACAGCUAAAAACAAAAUGAUCCAAACCGUGGCCAUCUGUGCUGGAUCAGGCUCCUCUGUGCUUGGCCCUGUCAGCGCCGAUCUCUACUUUACUGGCGAGAUGGGCCACCAUGAUGUGUUGGCUGCUUUGGCUAAAAAUACCAGCGUCAUCUUGUGCGAACACUCGAAUACGGAGCGUGGUUAUCUUUCAGCCGUAUUGAAGCCUGCUUUGGAGAAGGAAUUGGCAAAUGAAAAGUCUGAAGAAGGGGAAGCCAUCGAGGUCCUUGUAUCCAAAGUAGACAAGGAUCCACUUCAAAUUGUCUAA